UCCUGCCUCCGAUAAUAAUGCCAACUGUGGAUGACAUCCUAGAGCACAUAGGGGAAUUUAACUUCUUCCAGAAGCAGACGUUCUUUCUCUUAGCUCUGCUCUCGGCCGCGUUCACCCCCAUCUACGUGGGCAUCGUCUUCCUGGCCUUCACCCCGGAUCACCGCUGCCUGAGCCCCGGGGUGGCCGAGCUGAGCCGGAGAUGCGGCUGGAGCCUGGCAGAGGAGCUGAACUACACAGCGCCGGGCCCGGGGGCCGCGGGCGAGGCGUCCCCUCACCAGUGCCGCCGCUACGAGGUGGACUGGAACCAGAGCGCCCUCAGCUGCGCGGACCCCCUGGCCGGCCUGGCGGCCAACAGGAGCCACCUGCCGCUGGGCCCCUGUCGGCACGGCUGGGUGUACGAAACGCCCGGCUCGUCCAUCGUGACCGAGUUUAACCUAGUGUGUGCCAGUUCCUGGAUGCUGGACCUGUUUCAGUCGGCUGUGAAUGUAGGAUUUUUUAUCGGUUCUGUGGGUAUCGGCUACAUAGCAGACAGGUUUGGCCGUAAGCUCUGCCUACUGGUUACGAUCCUCAUAAAUGCUGCAUCAGGACUCCUGCUGGCCGUUUCCCCAAACUAUACCUGGGUGUUAAUUUUCCGUUUGAUCCAGGGGCUGGUCAGCAAGGCAGGCUGGCUUAUAGGCUACAUCCUGAUUACGGAGUUUGUCGGGCUAAGCUAUAGGAGAACAGUGGGCAUCGUUUACCAAGUGGCCUUCACCGUUGGGCUCCUGGCGCUGGUGGGGGUGGCAUACGUGCUUCCUCACUGGAGGUGGCUCCAGCUCACUGUUUCCCUGCCCAACGUCUUCUUCUUGCUCUAUUACUGGUGCAUCCCUGAGUCUCCAAGGUGGCUGAUCUCCCAGAACAAAAAUGCUAAAGCCAUGAGGAUCAUUAAGCACAUCGCAAAGAAAAAUGGAAAAUCUCUGCCAACCUCCCUUCAGAGCCUCAGACCUGAUGAGGAAGCUGAUGAGAAGGUGAAUCCUUCAUUUCUUGAUUUGGUCAGAACCCCUCAGAUCAGGAAACACACUUUGAUCCUGAUGUACAACUGGUUCACGAGCUCUGUUCUCUAUCAGGGCCUCAUCAUGCACAUGGGCCUUGCAGGGAGCAAUUUCUACUUGGAUUUCUUCUACUCUGCCCUGGUGGAGUUUCCAGCUGCCCUCCUCAUCAUCCUCACCAUUGACCGUUUAGGUCGCCGCUAUCCAUGGGCUGCAUCAAAUAUGGUGGCAGGGGUAGCCUGCCUAGCCUCGGUUUUUAUCCCUGAUGAUCUGCAGUGGCUAAGAGUUACAGUCGCGUGCUUGGGUAGGAUGGGGAUUACGAUGGCCUACGAAAUGGUUUGCCUGGUCAACGCAGAACUGUACCCCACAUUCAUCAGGAAUCUCGGUGUCCUUGUCUGCUCCUCCAUGUGCGACAUCGGUGGCAUUAUCACACCGUUCCUGGUCUACCGGCUCACUGACGUCUGGCAUGAGCUCCCACUGCUGGUUUUUGCUGUGAUUGGCUUGGUUGCUGGGGUACUGGUGUUGCUGCUUCCGGAGACCAAAGGGAAGGCUUUGCCUGAGACUAUAGAUGAAGCCGAGAACAUGCAGAGACCAAGAAAAAAUAAAGAAAAGGUGAUUUACCUCCAAGUCAAGAAAGUAGACAAUCCGCUAAACUAA